UAUUCGAAACCCUUUUGAGUCUGCUUAAGUAUGUUCAGAGUUCGUAUGGUAACUCCAAAAGCAUUUGCCCUCAAAGACUAUAUGUUGAGGGCAAUGGUUGGAGAGAAUUGGAAGCCGGGGAUUAACGAUAUCGACAAUUUGUUGGCGUGCGAUCCUACUGGCGUCUUUGUUGGCGAGCUGAAUGGCAGACCAAUAGGCUUCGCGAGUUUCCUUAAGUACACAGAAAGUUACUGUGCCGCAGGAAGCUUUUAUCUAGAAAAAGAGUAUCGAGGUCUUAGUUAUGGUAAGAAGCUAWUUAMCAAUGKAYUAGAGAGGCUAUCACCUUCAUGUAACAUAUCAGGGUAUUCAUUAAUGAAUGUGGUGGAUCUCAACAGGAAAUUGCAGGGAAUGCAUCCCUUCUGGCUCACGCCAUUUUUUGAGCUUGAUCUCCCAAGAGCUUAUUCUGUUCUUGACUCUUGUACAAUUCUUUCGAAGCAUCAAAUGUGCACUGUUCGUGAGGUCGAUUUUCAAGCUUUGACUAAGUAUGACACGUCAGUGUUUGGAUACCCAAGACAAACCUUCUUGCAUCAAUGGCUGCACACUCCAGGCAGUCAUGUACGAGUUGCUGUAAGUCACGAGGGGAAUAUAUCUGGCUAUGCAGCAAGUAGAGUCACUUUUAACAGACAAGGAUAUCGACUGGGACCUCUUUACGCAAACUCGAUGGAAAUUGCCGAGGGUUUAAUGAAAGCAAUAUUUCAAGAAAUGCUAGACGAGGGAUGGUCGUCUUCCUCAUCGGUCUAUAUCGUCUGCCCAAUAGGUAUCAAUCAUGAUGCAAAAAUACUAAUGGAGAGACUCAAGGCCAAGGUUUGCUUCGAUUCA